GCGCUGGAUCGAGCUCACCAGCGUGCAACCACCCCGCUCGCGGCGGCGCUGCUCCGAUCUGUCCGAGAAGCUUCACUGCCGGCCGAGUCCAAGAUGCCAAGAGGCUCCCCUGCUCCCCCUAUUAAACCUCUCCACAAUCACAGGAUGUCCCGUUGUACUAGCACAGCAAAAGCUCUAAGCCAUCUGAUCUCGCAGACACCGCUACAAACACUUCCAGUUUGAGACUGCCAGUUUUCCUCCAGUUCCUCCCAAGAUUUCGCGCCACUUGCCGGCUCUGAAGCAGGUUCAGUAGUUGCACAACACAGAAAUGAGCUCACGAAUGGCCGGAGCAGCGCUCCUGCGCCACCUGGGCCCCCGCCUCUUCGCGGCCGAGCCGGUGUCCGGGCUCGCCGGGAGAGGGCUCGUGCCCGUGGCCGCCAGGAUUCUCCCCGCGCGGAUGUCCAGCACCGCCGCCAAAGAAGCUGCCGCCCCAGAGCAGGAGCAGCAGCACGGCGGCAGCGCCGAAAAGCCGACGGCGGCAGAUGGGCAGGAGAAGACGGGCAUCGUCAGCUACUGGGGCAUCCAGCCGCCGAAGCUCGUCAAGGAGGACGGCACAGAGUGGAGGUGGUUCUGCUUCAGGCCAUGGGACGCGUACAGGGCGGACACGUCGAUCGACGUGAAGAAGCACCACGAGCCGAGGGCGCUGCCGGACAAGCUGGCGCUGCCGGACAAGCUGGCCUACUGGCUGGUCAAGUCGCUGGUCGUGCCCAAGCAGCUCUUCUUCCAGCGCCGGCACGCCAGCCACGCGCUGCUGCUGGAGACGGUGGCGGCCGUGCCGGGCAUGGUGGGCGGCAUGCUGCUCCACCUGCGCUCGCUGCGCCGCUUCGAGCACAGCGGGGGCUGGAUCCGGGCGCUGCUGGAGGAGGCCGAGAACGAGCGGAUGCACCUCAUGACGUUCCUCGAGGUGGCGCAGCCCAAGUGGUGGGAGCGCGCCCUCGUGCUCGCCGCGCAGGGCGUCUACUUCAACGCCUACUUCGUCGCCUACCUCGCGUCGCCCAAGUUCGCGCACCGCUUCGUCGGCUACCUCGAGGAGGAGGCCGUGCACUCGUACUCGGAGUACCUCAAGGACCUCGAGGCCGGCAUCAUCGAGAACACGCCGGCGCCGGCCAUCGCCAUCGACUACUGGCGCCUCCCCGCCGAUGCCAGGCUCAAGGACGUCGUCGCCGUCGUGCGCGCCGACGAGGCGCACCACCGCGACGUCAACCACUUCGCCUCGGACAUCCAUUACCAGGGGAUGAAGCUUAAGGACACGCCUGCGCCGCUCGGCUACCACUGAUCAGUCCGGUCGGCAUGGCUUGCUCAAUUCAGCAAUGUUGUUAUUACCUACUACCCCAUCGGACAUACAGUCGAUCAGUACUUCCAUCCACAUAAAAUCGAGUCUGAUUUACCACCUGUAAGAGAAUGAAUUGCAUGGUUCUUGGUUGGGUCUA